AUGCAUUCUCUCGCUUUCCUCCUUGCUGUCGGCCCCGCGGCCGUGCUUGCCCAAGCCCCUCUAUGGGCCCAGUGUGGCGGUCAAGGCUACACGGGUCCCACGACCUGCGUUUCUGGCGCAGUAUGCCAGAAGAGCAAUGACUGGUACUCCCAGUGUCUGCCCGGGUCAACAGCACCUACUCCUGCUAAAACCCAGGCGACGGCCGGUUCUCCUACUCCUGCCGCCGGCGGUCAAGCUGCAGCAGCUGCAACUGGCCUGCACAACAAGUUCAAGGCCAAGGGGAAGACGUACUUCGGCACCGAGAUCGACCACUACCAUCUCAACAACAAUGCCUUGAUCAACAUCGUCAAGAGCGACUUUGGACAGAUCACGGCUGAGAACAGCAUGAAGUGGGAUGCCAUCGAACCGGCCCGCAACCAGUUCAACUUUGCCAACGCCGACAAGGUUGUCAACUUUGCCCAAGCCAACGGCAAGCUCGUCCGCGGCCACACCCUGCUGUGGCACUCUCAGCUGCCGGACUGGGUCAAGAACAUCAACGACCGCAACACCCUGACUCAGGUCAUCCAGAACCACGUCACCACCAUGGUCACCCGGUACAAGGGCAAGGUCCUGCAGUGGGACGUCGUCAACGAGAUUUUCGCCGAGGACGGCUCGCUGCGCGACAGCGUCUUCAGCCGCGUGCUGGGCGAGGACUUUGUUGGUAUCGCCUUCCGCGCCGCGCGCGCCGCCGACCCCAAUGCCAAGCUCUACAUCAACGACUUCAACCUCGAUAUCGCCAACUACGCCAAGCUCACCAAGGGUAUGGUCGCCCACGUCAACAAGUGGAUCUCCCAGGGCAUCCCCAUCGACGGCAUCGGCUCGCAGUCCCACCUGGCCGCGCCCGGCGGCUGGAACUCUGCCUCUGGCGCCCCCGCGGCGCUCAGGGCCCUCGCCGCGGCCAACGUCAAGGAGAUUGCCAUCACCGAGCUCGACAUUGCCAACGCCGCCGCCAACGACUACCUCGCCGUCAUGAACGCCUGCCUCCAGAUCCAGAAGUGCGUCGGCAUCACCGUCUGGGGCGUGUCGGACAAGGACAGCUGGCGGGCGAAUGAGAACCCCCUCCUCUUUGACCGCAGCUACAAGCCCAAAGCUGCCUACAAUGCCCUCAUCAACGCCCUGUAA